GGGACUGCGGGGUCGGGGGCGGCGGCGUCAAGAUGGCGGCGGCGGCGGUGGCGGCAGCAGCAGCGGCGGCUGCGGCUGCAUCUCUGCAGGUGCUAGAGAUGGAGAGCAUGGAGACGGCCGCCGCCGGCUCGGCGGGGCUGGCCGCCGAAGUCAGAGGCAGCGGCACGGUGGACUUCGGGCCUGGGCCUGGCUUGUCUGCAAUGGAGGCGAGCGGGGGCGACCCGGGCCCGGAGGCCGAGGAUUUCGAGUGCAGCUCUCACUGCUCGGAGCUGUCAUGGAGGCAGAACGAGCAGCGGCGCCAGGGCCUCUUCUGCGACAUUACCUUGUGCUUCGGCGGUGCGGGAGGCCGCGAGUUCCGGGCCCAUCGCUCGGUGCUGGCCGCCGCCACCGAGUACUUCACGCCCCUGCUCUCGGGCCAGUUCUCCGAGUCCCGCUCGGGCCGGGUGGAGAUGCGCAAGUGGAGCUCCGAGCCCGGGCCCGAACCCGACACGGUGGAAGCUGUUAUCGAAUACAUGUACACCGGGCGCAUCCGCGUCAGCACGGGCAGUGUGCACGAGGUGCUGGAGUUGGCCGACAGGUUCCUAUUAAUUCGUUUAAAAGAAUUUUGUGGAGAAUUUCUCAAGAAAAAACUUCAUCUGUCUAAUUGUGUGGCCAUUCAUAGUUUAGCUCACAUGUAUACUCUAAGCCAACUUGCUCUGAAAGCUGCGGAUAUGAUACGGAGAAACUUCCACAAAGUAAUUCAGGAUGAGGAAUUUUAUACUUUACCUUUCCACCUCAUUCGAGACUGGCUGUCAGACUUGGAGAUUACAGUUGAUUCUGAAGAGGUUCUAUUUGAAACAGUUUUGAAAUGGGUUCAGAGAAAUGCUGAAGAGAGAGAGAGAUACUUUGAAGAACUCUUUAAAUUGCUCAGAUUGUCCCAGAUGAAACCUACUUACCUUACUCGUCAUGUCAAACCAGAGAGGCUGGUGGCCAAUAAUGAAGUUUGUGUCAAGUUAGUGGCCGAUGCAGUGGAGAGGCAUGCUCUUAGAGCCGAGAAUAUACAGUCUGGCACGUUCCAGCAUCCUGCUUCUCAUGUCUCAUUAUUACCUCGCUAUGGGCAGAACAUGGACGUGAUCAUGGUUAUUGGAGGCGUGUCAGAAGGAGGGGACUAUUUAAGUGAAUGUGUGGGAUAUUUUGUCGAUGAGGACAGAUGGGUAAACCUACCCCAUAUUCAUAAUCACCUUGAUGGACAUGCUGUUGCAGUAACAGAAUCCUACGUGUAUGUUGCUGGGUCAAUGGAACCAGGGUUUGCUAAAACUGUGGAAAGGUAUAACCCAAACUUGAAUACCUGGGAACACGUUUGUAGUCUGAUGACAAGGAAGCAUUCUUUUGGACUAACAGAAGUCAAAGGGAAGCUAUACAGCAUUGGAGGACAUGGCAACUUCAGUCCUGGUUUUAAAGAUGUGACUGUUUAUAAUCCCGAGCUUGAUAAAUGGCACAACUUGGAAUCAGCACCAAAGAUUCUUCGAGAUGUUAAAGCACUAGCCAUUGAAGACCGGUUUGUGUACAUCGCUGCCCGCACUCCUGUGGACCGGGACACUGAAGAUGGAUUAAAGGCUGUCAUCACUUGUUAUGAUACGGAGACUCGACAGUGGCAAGAUGUGGAAUCUUUGCCACUUAUUGACAAUUACUGCUUUUUCCAAAUGUCUGUGGUCAAUUCAAACUUUUAUCAGACAGCCUCAUGCUGUCCCAAGAGUUAUUCUUUAGAAAAUGAAGAGGCAGUAAGAAAAAUUGCCAGCCAGGUUUCCGAUGAGAUCCUUGAAAGCUUACCUCCAGAAGUCCUAAGCAUCGAAGGAGCGGCCAUUUGCUAUUACAAAGAUGACGUUUUCAUUAUUGGAGGCUGGAAAAACAGUGAUGAUAUUGACAAACAGUAUCGGAAAGAAGCUUACCGAUAUUGUGCCGAGAGAAAGAGGUGGAUGCUUCUUCCUCCCAUGCCACAGCCUCGUUGUAGAGCCACUGCCUGCCAUGUGAGAAUCCCAUACCGGUACUUGCAUGGCACUCAGAGAUAUCCUAUGCCUCAGAACUUAAUGUGGCAGAAGGACCGGAUCAGACAGAUGCAAGAAAUACAUCGACACGCCCUAAACAUGCGACGAGUGCCAAGCUCUCAGAUAGAAUGCUAGGUUCUCUGAUAUGCGCAGCUCAAAACAGUUAUACCUGUUCAUGAGGCUGAAGAUACGCAGACUGUUACUUGAAAAAGUAUGUCAAUAACUUAUUUUCUACAUGAACUGAUUAUCGCCCCAUAUAAAGGAAAUAUAGUCAAAAACUGAAGAAUGGGAAGAUCAAUUCAAUACAUGGUAAUUUUUGUUAGUUUGCAGUCUUUAUCCAUCUUUGGUUUGUGUGUGUAUUAGCUGAAUAAGAUCUUACUAAAGAUAAGUGGAAAAACCAGGUGUGGUUACUUGACUGUUUGUCUGCCAGCAAGUUUUAACUCCUUUGUCUUAGGGUCUUAUGUUUUGAACAUGCUUUAAGCACCAGUUAUAUUUGCACAUUUACUUUGAUAAUCUUUUUCAUUCUUUUCCCGAAUGGUUGGUUUUGACAAGAUCAGAAUUUAUGCAUUGAGCCGUCAUCUACAGGAGGUAUGUGCAAUAGUGAGAUUGAAAUUUGAAGGAAAAAGCACAAUAUUUCAGCAAGGUGAUUUCAGAAUGUUUGCAUUGAUACUUUUUUAUAUUUGUUUAUCUACAAAAGCUGUCUUGUUUAUUUCUAGAAGAGAUGAUUGAUAAGAAAUUUGUGAUUGGCUCAUGCAUUUUUUGAGUAUUUUUCAUUUCUUUAGCAGCUUCAAGUCAUCACUCUGAGACAGUGGUAGUUGGCAAGAGUACUGAUCUUUAGCUGACUGAUUGAAUACAGAGGAAGUUAUAUCUGUGAAAUUUAUUUCUCUAAGAAGAAAUGUAUUAUUAGUCUAGAGUAAGAAAUCAAAGGCACCGAAAAAUUUAAAAACGCUUUUUUCGGGAGUUGCAGGCUUAUUUGAAGAUAAAUUAAUGAGUGUAAAUAAUGCCAAGGACAAUCGACACAAUGCCUUCAAUUUUAAAUUUUGCUGUGAUGCAUAUUGUAUGGAAUCCUUACCAUUCCUUUCUAAAAGAAACUUUUUUCAAAAUGGGAAGGCAGUAACAAUUUAGAGAAAUGUUGCUGAAGAGAAGCCUUAUUAUUUCUCAGCCUGGAUUAUUACAAUGUUUUAUCCAGUUGCCCUAGACUUUCAUUGGAACUUUGCCUGAGCCUAGAACACUACAUUUGGGCGCAUAAUUAUGGCUCUUAAAAAUUUAUCACUGUGGUUAUCUUUUAUUUAUUUUUAUGCAUUCUUCUGAUAUUCUUAUCUGCGCCCAGGCUUUAUGCAAAUUAGCACUUAGGUUGACUUUUAGCACUCAGUUAACAUAAGGGACUCCUGCUCUAACGGUUUGAAGUGUGGGUCCAGUAUACUUUUCUUGUUUCUUUCAGAAUGUCUCUACCUUCUUAGACAUUCUGGAAUACCAUUCUAGAAGGUGAAUUCCAAGUACAGUGAUUUUUUUUUUUUUCCCCUAGUCCAUUAUAGUUAAUCUUAUUAGUUGGAUCAAACAUCAAAAGGAAAAAAAGCACAACCAGGAAUUUUGGCUCUCAGUGUGCUGUGAGACUAUUGAUGUUUAGCCCUUAGACUCUAUACUAAGAACUUAACUGAAAUUUCUGAAUUGGUAUCCCUGCCUAGGACAAAGUUUUUCAAUAAUGUGUUGGAAAUCUGCUUUAAAACCAUUUAAUUUAGGCUGGGGUAGGGAUGGGAGACUGCAAGUCUAGCGGCCAUGGCUCACGGGCACAGCCGCUCCGCGGCAUGUGGGACCUUCCCGGACCGGGGCACGAACCCGUGUCCCCUGCAUCGGCAGGCGGACCCUCAACCACUGCGCCACCAGGGAAGCCCUGCAAGUCUAUUUCUAUAUGAGGAUAUAUUAUCCUACCCCACCUCUACUGGUUUCUUAAUUUCCAUUUAUUUGUAGUUAUUUUAAUAAAAGCUAUUUGGAUUCUGAGAAGUGCUAAGUAGUUGUGAGAGGUCUAUGCAAGUAAGACAGAAAAGCUCAUUGAAUGAAGUUCUCAUUUCUCUCUGAUAGACUGUGCUAGCAAACUGCCUUUUCUUGGUGCUGUUGAAAUAAUUUAGUAGCUCACUAAGGUGCCAGUUUCUCUCCAGAAGGGUGUAAGGUUUUUGAUUGCCUUUUUUUUUUUUUUUUUUUUUUGUCUCAGAGUUGUCUUCUGAGACAGUCAUUACCAAGUUAUUUGUAGGGUUAUCUUUUUUUCACAUGAUGUGGCGGAAGUCAUAACUCAUAAGAUUUAGGUAUAAUCUGGUUUUGAAAACGUGAUUGAAACUGUUGUUUUUUAACUCGGCAGGCAGCCUAGGCCUUGGCUGGAAAGAGAGGGUAAGUCCUUCCUUCCUUGCAUGAUGAUGUGUGCAGGGUUCCUGACUACUGAAUUCCUAAUUUUCAUAUUUGAAUUCACAUGUGUGAUUUCACAUCAGUAACUUGUGUUUCUGAAAUAUCCUAACUAACUUGUUAAUAAGGAAAGAAACCAGAUUUGCUUAAAUCUGUUCAAGGCUGACAUUCUGAAAUUCUAAACUGGAAAUAACUUCCUACAGUAUUUGGAAAGGUUCUGAUUAUGGUGACCAGCCUAAAAUGGCUCUCUGGGAAAGAAAUUUCCUUUUCGAUGAAAACUUAAAGAUGGUGUUUGAUAACUUAAGAAGUUAAAAAUACAGCUUUAAAAAGACAGCUUAAUAUGUAUUCAAGCAAACCUUUUUUGCUUUUGUUUUUGUUUUGUAGAAGGAAAAGAGAGGAAUUGAUUAUACCAAAAAGUAAUAACUCUAUGAGUGAGGCUGCUUAGAUCUUAGAAUGGAUAUCCUUUAACUAUACCUACCCCACCACGGUUUAAAAAAAAAAAAAUCAGUGUAUAUAUUGAGAAUGUCAGUCAUGAGCUUAGUGUUUAAGUAAUACAUCUCACUUGCAGUUGUUUGCAUGAUGUCUUGUGUAUCUUGAUACCCAACUUUGCUUUUGCUGUGCCAACUCAAAACUACUUUGCUAAAAAAAAAAAAAAAAAAAAAAAC